GAAAGAGCGACGUCCCCCCCCGAUGAACGUGCGGCGGUAAAGCGUUGUACUCCUUGAGCCGGUUGCUUGAAACUACUCUUCGUCUGGAUUCGGAGUUGGAAAAUCAGAUGGAGAAGGUGUUCUGCAAGGAACACGGAUCCCUGUGUUUGCUGAAGACUGGAGUGAGAGAUGGAGCUACUAAGGGAAAAAGUUUCUAUGUUUGUGCAAAUCAACAGAAUUCCCCUUGUUCGUUUGUACAGCCUGCUGAUAUUCCUGUAUCUCACUGCCUGGUGCAUGAAGACUCAAUUGUGGAACUUCAGGCGAUUCACAAGAAAUCAGACACCCAGUCAUAUCGGUUAUACUAUCGCUGUGUUAAAGGGAAGGCAGAUAAAUUGAAAUGGUGUGGAAAUGUGCCUUGGCAGGAGCCAGGUCCAAAUAUUUCAUCAACUAACAGAAAUGGGAAUCUCGAUGCACAACAGCACCUCCUCUCUGUGAAUCAAGAGCGAAAUCCUUUUAAAAUUGCUACCAAAAAUCAGAAGCCAUCUUCUUUGUUUGCUGCUACGGGUGGUAGAGGUAAACAAGGUGUAGAGUCUGAAUCAGAUGAAGAUGUGAGUGAGUUGUUUGGUUUGGGUGGCUCAUCACUAAUGUGCAAUGAGAAAGCAACAAAGAAGUCUCACGAUGGGUUCAAUGUCAUUGACAAGUUAACUAAUGAGACUGAAAAGCUUCACAUUAAGGACUUUGAGAAGACUCGGAAAGAAACAAGCCAUCACCUUAAGAGUGAUGUUGAAGCAAGUGGCAUUGACUCUACCAAGAAUCAUUGUUCAUCAUGUGAUCCCUUGCCAACUGACAAAGGAAAGUUUUCAAAGCCGUCACGGGGAGCAGAGAGGGAUAAGGUACCGCUAGAAUCUGGGAAGUAUGUCCGAAAAGGAUUAUCUAAUCACUUGUCUCAUCAUGAAAACACUGUAGAUUUGCAAAGGGAAUCAGCGAAAGAAAGACAAGCAUCAGGCAGUAAAGGUGAAAGUGAAAAAUCACUUGGCACUCAGAAGUGCAACAUAAAGAAAAUAUCUUCAAAGACUAAGCUAAUAGAUACUCAGGAAAAUCAUUUACAGUGGAAGCAAACAACUAAAGUUGAACAUGAUGCCAGUUCAGUUCUUACUACAAGAAAGCCAGCAAAGGAGGAAAAUGACUCAUGUGAAAUUAAUUCUGAAGCUCCUGCGAGCAUUGGAGCAGGAAAUAUCCAUGCCACAUUAAAGCAAAGUAUACCCAGCAGUCAGUCAGUGGAUGUUAAGCAAAGCAUAAGCACAAAGAAUUCAAAUACAAGUAAUAAACAAAGAACACUCGCAGCAUUUCCUGGAUUUGAAUAUGCAUCGGCAAACAAAGAAACCAAGAAUAUGACAGCACUACACAGCCAGCUGGCUAUUCAACUUAAACAGAAAAAGAAUACUCUGAGAACAGUGAAUGUUGCUGCACUCCCUGAUAAAGGUCAAAGGUUAAUAAAUCAGGUCAAAGACCUGGAGGAUGCUCUAAGUGCACUGUGUCUAUCUGCUGCAGAUGAACAGGAGAAAGGAGAAGAAAUGAAGAAUAGACAGGACAAUCCUUUCGAUAAAAGCGGUACCACCUUAACUAAACCAGUGCUCCAGGAGGAUUCAAGAGGAUCCAGAAUAGCACCACGUUUCAAUGAAGCUUCCUCCCUGGGGUCAAGUCAAUUUUCUAACCAGGUGAAUGGAGCAGAUUCACAGCAACAGAGUGCACAUGGUGGACAGAAAACUCAAGAUAGAGGAAAAAUGACCAGUGAUGCCAUUGAGCAACUGCACAAAUCAUUGGAGACUUGCCCAGAUGUGUCUGAUGAGGCUGAAGAUCCACAGUAUCUCAAGGUCCCACUACUAGUUCAUCAGAAACAAGCAUUGGCUUGGUUACUCUGGCGGGAGAAGCAAAAACCACCUGGUGGUAUACUGGCAGAUGACAUGGGUUUAGGGAAAACUCUCACAAUGAUUGCACUCAUCUUAGCACAAUGUUAUAAGGAGAAAAAGGAGAAAGAGAAACAUUCAGAGGAGUGGCUCUCUAAAACGGAAAGUCCUCUUGCUGUCUCCAAUGGAACACUCGUUAUUUGUCCGGCAUCUCUAAUCCACCACUGGAAAAUGGAAAUUGAACGGCAUGUCUGUAAGAAUAAACUAAGUAUAUACAUGUACCAUGGCUCCAGCAGAGAGAAAUCAGCAAAGCUGCUUUCAGAAUUUGAUGUUGUUAUAACGACAUAUAGUCUUGUUGCAAAGGAGAUCCCAGUGAAGAAUGAAAAAGGAAAAUGUGCAGCCAAAGAUGAAGGAGCAUCUUCUUCAGUUAAACCAGAAUCCUCUCAUUCACCUCUACUGAAGAUAUCUUGGUCUCGGAUCAUCCUGGAUGAAGCUCACAACAUUAAAAACCCCCAAGUUCAAACAUCAAUAGCAGUAUGUAAACUCAAAGCUGGAACUCGCUGGGCAAUCACAGGAACACCAAUACAAAACAACCUUCUGGAUAUGUACUCCUUGCUCAAAUUCCUUCACUGCUCCCCAUUUGAUGAUUUUAAGCUUUGGAAGAAUCAAGUUGAUAAUGGGACUAGGAAGGGUGGUGAACGCCUCAACAUCAUCACCAAAAGCCUUCUAUUGCGAAGAAAUAAGGACCAACUUGACUCCAGUGGCAAGCCUCUGGUUGUCUUGCCUCAAAGAUUUAAUCGAAGUCAUCGACUAAAACUAUCAGAGGAUGAGGAGGCAGUUUAUUCUGUCCUGUAUGCUCGUUCCAGGUCAACCUUGCAGUCAUAUCUGAAGAGACAUGAGGGCAAAGACCAUAAAGCUGAUUCAUCCUCCCAGGUAGAUAAUCCUUUCAGCAAAGUUAGUCAACAGUUCGGUAUUGAGUCUGUCAGUGGUGGAAAAGCCACAUCCACUUUGAGCACUGUCCACAUCUUAUCAUCACUGCUCAGACUUCGGCAGUGUUGCUGUCAUCUAUCUCUGUUAAAGACGGCUCUCAGUAACACUGAAAUGGAAUCUGAAGGUAUCACUCUCUCACUGGAGGAGCAGAUGAAUGCAUUAUCAUUGUUGGAGGCCACAACCUCUGACACCAAUUCAACUGUAAAAUUAAAUGGAACCAGCUUCAAAGCCAACCUGUUUGAGAGCACCAGAGAGAGCACCAAGAUCUCUGCCCUACUAAAGGAAUUAAAAGUAAUAAGAAGCAGCCCAGAACCCCAGAAAAGUGUAAUCAUUUCUCAGUGGACCAGUAUGCUGAAAGUGGUGGCAGUCCACUUGGAUAAAAUCAACUUGACCCACGUUACUCUGGACGGUAGUGUGACUCCUAAAUGUCGUAUGGACUUGGUAGAAGAAUUCAACACUAACCCAAAAGGACCUCAGGUCAUGUUGGUCUCCCUCUGUGCCGGUGGUGUGGGUUUGAAUCUUAUUGGAGGCAAUAACCUUUUCCUGUUAGAUAUGCACUGGAACCCUGCACUGGAGGAGCAGGCAUCAGAUCGAAUUUAUCGUGUAGGGCAACGAAAGGCUGUCACCGUGCACAGGUUUGUGUGUGAAGGAACUAUUGAAGACAAAAUCUUCGAACUUCAGGAAAAGAAAAAGGAGCUGGCAAAGAAAGUGCUGUCAGGGACUGGAGAAACAUUUACCAAGCUUACUCUUGCUGAUCUCCGCAUCCUGUUUGGUGUCUGAGUCGAUCUAAAUGGAAAAUAAGAUAUUUUUUCAAAAUCUAACAUAACUGUCAAAGUAAACUCUUAAAAAGGUUCUCAGAAAAUGCUACAGGAUUUCUGAAACAUAUCAAAACACCUGAAUGCUGUUGCAUAAUUAUGACAACAUACAAAAGCUUCAUAUACUAAAGUUAUUUACAUUUGGUAUAUACUGUACAAUUGCCUCAAAGGUUAAUCCCCAUCCCACAUUUGGUUAGAUGUUGUCUUGAUAAACAUAAGAUACAGCAACAAAUUCAUCAUCAAUGUUAUAUUGGCUAUUACCUGCAAAAUACUAAAAUUAGAAAAAUUGUUUUUAUGUUCUUAGCAUCCUUUAAGAUUCAAGCAGCCAAGCUAUUUACUUUUGCAUUCAAAUGAAGUGCCUACUCAUGCAUUGUUAAUACAAUGAUAAGAAAUAAAACGCAGCUCAAAUUGCACUUAGGUUAGUGAUUAAAUUGACAUUGUCAAAAAUUUAGUACAAUGUGACAGUUCCAGCUUCUUGGGUGACAGAUGAAACUUAAAUCAAUGCAUUUCUUGCAUUGAGAGAACAUUCCCUCAUUUAAUCUCAUCUCCAUUCUCCAGGAUUCCAUGUGAGAAAAGUAAUUUUAAUUUCUCUUGUGUAAACCAAUGUGCCAUUGCACUUCCUUUGCUUUGGCUACUCAGAUGAAAGUGGGUCCAUUCACAUUUAGAGUACCAGUUUAUAACCAACAGUUUACACUUGGAUUAGUGAAUUCUACAGUUACAAUGCACUGUUAGAUCUCUGGUUUAAAUUCAUUCUUCAACAAGUUCUGAGAUCUUGCAAAUCUUGCCAGUACUCCCACAGAAUCAUAAGUACCAAACUGGGUAAAAACUUUGGCUACCCAUGAUAUUGCAUUUGGCGAACUAUAAUAUUCCAGAAGAAAACUGUGCAUAAGUAUACAGUACAGUAUAUCUAGGAUAUUUUUAAAUGUAAUCGUAGGAUUACAUUUAAAAAUACUGUCCUAUUCAGUAAUUACCAUGUAAUUUGUUGAAUUAGUUGGAUGUAAUUUUUAUUUUGCCAAAAGGCUUUGCCUUAGUGGUCAGUAAUGCUGCUUAUUCCACAUUGAUGCAUGUCCUGCCUGUUGACAUUUACCUACAUUUAUAGAAACAUAGAAAAUAGGUGCAGGAGUAGGCCAUUCCGAUGAAUGUAGUCUACAUUUAUCAAAAUAAAGCUUUUGGGAUAACAUUUGUGGAUUGCAAUAAUAAAGCUCAACAUUUAAUUAUGUAAACAAAUAUAAAACAAUUUAAAAUGAGACGAGUAAUUGAAAACAACUCUACAAUCCAUAGCUCAUCUUGAAAAACGAAAUGGAACACCAUUACACAAAAAAGGAUGUACUAAAGUGAUUCUUCAACUGUUCAAAGGAGAGAUUAAGCUGGGUGGGUUUACUGAGAGGGGGUCUCAUUUAUUUAUUGAACUUUGUAAGUAUUUCAAUACAUUUCCCCUGACUGGGAUGUCUAGAAACAGGAGUCACACUCUCAAAAUUAAGGUUCACUGAUUUAAGAUGGAGUAUAAAUCUUUAUUGUAACUUGUGAUCUGAGUGACCAGAGAGACAAUGAAGCUGGUGAUAUAAAGGUCUUUAUUCUUCACAAGCUUGCAUUCUCCUGGAGACCCUCAGCAGAGUCUCUCGUAUUCAAAGUACAUAACAUUUUUAUGUCCUUCAGAUCAAUAAUAACAAUAGAUACUCAAUCCAAUUUCAAUAGUUACAAUGACAUCAUUUACUUCAUUAUUUUAAGUUUGAGUUACAUAUCUACUGUGAAAGCAUAUUCUCAUGUUCAAAUACCGGAAACAGAAAUUCUGUAGGUCCUGAAAAUGCAAAACAACACGCAAAAUGCUGGAGGAACUCAGCAGGUCAGGCAGCAUCUAGGGAAAUUAAUAGUGUCAGCAUUUUGGGCCAAGACCCUUCUUCAGGACUGGAAAGGAAGGGGGCAGACGCCAGAAUGAAAAGGUGGGGGUGGGAAAGGAGGAUAGGUGAAACCGGGUAGGUAGGAAACUUAGAAAUAUAGAAAGCCUACAGCACAACACAGGCCCUUCGGCCCACAAAGCUGUGCUGAACAUGUUCUUACUGUAGAAAUUACCUAGGGUUACUAAUAGCCCUGUAUUUUUCUGAGCUCCAUGUACCUGUCCAGGAGUCUCUUAAUAGAUCCUAUCGUAUCCGCCUCCACCACCAUCACCAGCAGCCCAUUCCACGCAGUCACCACUCUCUGCAUAGAAAAUCUUGCCCCUGACAUCUCCUCUGUACCUACUUCCAAGCACCUUAAAACUGCCCUCUUGUGCUAGCCAUUUCAGCCCUGGGAAAAAGCCUCUUAACUAUCCACAUGAUCAAUGCUUCUCAUCACCUUAUACACCUCUAUCAGGUCACCUCUCAUCCUCCACCGCUCCAAGAAAAGACCGAGUUCAUUCAGCCUAUUCUCAUAACGCAUGCUCCCCAAUCCAAGCAACAUCCUAGUAAGUUACCUCUGCACCCUUUCUAUGCUUUCCACAUCUUUCCUAUAGUGCGGCAACCAAAACUGAGCGCAGUACUUCAAGUGGGGUCUGACCAGGGUCCUAUAUAGCUGCAACAUUACCUCUUGGCUCCUAAGGUCAGUCCCACGGUUGAUGAAGGCCAAUACUCUGUACGCCUUCUUAACCACAGAGUCAACCUUCGCAGCAACUUGAGUGUCCUGUGGACUCUGACCCUCCACAC